CUGUUGACUCUGUGGUAUCGCAACAAUCUGCGCCGCGCGCGUCCGCACGCAUCGCACGAGAUCCGAGAACACCUGCGCCUGUGGUUGCCUGUGGUUGCCUGUGGUUGCCUGUGGUUGCCUGUGGUUGCCGUCGUCCUCCGGGCAAGGUGAGACCGUGGAGGUGUGGGUGUUGUCAGCUGAGCGGGCCACAUCAGAUUUCGGAAGGAGGGGUUUCCGUUACGUCAUUUUUCAUGAGAUAGUCAGCUACGAUGACGUCCCUGGGAGAGUUUGGAAGCAGGACAUUCCUGAUGGGAGACAGCACCAUGAUGGGCCGAGUUUACAGAAGCCCUGUGCCAAUUAAAAACAGAAACACUGCCAUCGCUUUCAAAAUAGUACAGUUGUCACUGCUGGCCCUAUGUAUAAUUCUAUACUCCAUGGGUGCCUACCUCGAGAACAGCAUGUUCCGACUGGCCCUGUCUUACGGGACUUUUGGAGCAUACCUCAUGAUCCCUCUGGCCGUCCUGGGAGGUUUCAUCAUUGGAGAAAACACGCCUGUACUUCUCACGUUCUACAACCUCGCGGGAGCGUUCCUGUUCAUCGCGGUCGGCUCGCUGGCCGUCGACUCGUGGUGGGGCCUGCAGAUGACCCUGGACAUCACCUCCCGGAGCGCCGACGUCAGCGCGGCCCAGCACGACAGCAACAUGAAGCUGGUCGCCGGCAUGAUCUGCAUCUCCAACGGGGUGUUCUACUUCGUGGACGCCCUCGUGGGGGCGUUUCUACUCAACUCCAACUUUUGACCACAGUCAACCAACAACGAAAUUAUAAACACUUCCGUAUCUUGGAGACAUGAGAAACUACGUCCAUAUUUCGUUCAAAAAAACACAGUUUACAA